AUGAACGGGUACCAAAAUGAACUGAACUACCGUAGAAGCGACAAUUCUUUUAGUGCUUUUGGUAACAGCAGACCUGGAAGUACAUUGUUAACUGCAUUUGUUGUGAAAACAUUCUGUGCCAUUCAGAAACUCGAUGGCAUUGAUGUCGACGUAAAUGUUAUUAGUACAGCCAUAAAUUGGCUGAAAACCAAACAGCGAGGUGAUGGUGCAAUCAUCGAGUCACAUCCAGUGAUUCAUCAAGAAAUGGAUGGGGACAUCAACAAAGAUAUCACCAUGACCUCCUAUGUAGUUACAGCGUUUCUUGAGUGCAAGGGUUUUAUACAGAUCUCUCAACAAACCGUAACAAAUGCUGUGGCUUUCUUGGAGAGUUCACAAGCUAAUAUUGGCCGUAUUUACGUAAAGGCUGUGGUAGCAUACGCUUUGGCUCUAGCAGACAGCCCACAAAAACUCCAAGCUAACCAGGAUUUAUUAAAUGUAGCAAUAUACGACGUCGGGAAGAACACACGUCACUGGGACGAUGCACAAGGUGGAAAUGCUAUAGCUGUUGAAACAACGUCGUAUGCCCUUUUAACUCAACUAGCUCUAAAGCGUCGAGGGUAUGCGGGACCGAUUGUCGUUUGGCUAACGGAACAGAGAAGAGGUGGGGGUGGUUUUGUCUCUACUCAGGACACAUGUGUUGCUUUACAAGCCUUGGCAGGUUACAGCGAAGCUUCCGGUGGAGAUCAACUAAACAUGCAAAUUGAAAUAACAACUGAUAGAAAUUUCAAGAAUACAUUGAUGAUUAAUCAGAGAAAUGCUUUGGUUCAACAACGUCUUGAUUUAACCCACCAGAUUGGAGAUGAAUUAUUUAUUACAGCUAAAGAUUCUGGUGUGGCUCAACUACAGGUUCAGUUAAAGUGUAACACACCAUCGUCUGAAAAUGAAGCUUGUCAUUUUGACUUGAAUGUUACAACUAUCGAACAUGUUCGUCGAUUUUUGGACCCACUAAUAUUUGUGAUUCCAAAGAAGCCUAAGAGCUCAUCUAAAAGGAAAUGUCGCAGAAAAGGAUCAAGAAAGGGAAAAAGGUGUUCUCGUCGACGAAAGUCAAAAUGUAGAAAACGAUGUAACAGACGACGAAAUGGUGGGCGUAGAAGAAGGCCCAGACCUACAACACCCGCACGUAAAAUCUUCAAGACAAAGCUAAUCCAGGAAUAGCGAAGUUGAAAUAUCUGACCGACACGUGUAUUUGUACCUGGACAAAAUAGCCAGCACACACGCGCUUUGUUUCAAUCUGGAGUUCAAACGUGACUUUGAAGUCGGAAUAGUUCAACCUGUCCCUGUGUCCGUGUACGACUAUUAUGAUCCAGAGAAAAUAUGUACGAAGUUCUACGGUCCUAAAGUUGACAGUCGUCUUCAUGACUUCAUCUACGGACUUGCGACCAUGACUCGUGUAAAUGUGCUCAAGAUAAAUGCAGUUCCUGUAAGCCUUCUGAUGACGCCAACGUCGUGAUUAGACAGCUGUGUCGAAAAUAUCACUACAGUUUUCGAGGAGUACUACGGUCCAUUAAUGAA